AGUCAAUCAGACAGAGAUCUUAACUGUGUCUGCCACUGGCUUUCUGCACACCCUCACAGCAGUUAUUAAGCUACUCAAACACGCCAUCACAUCCACGCCUGCAGCAGUAAACAUAUGGAGUACUACUGCUUCCUCCUGCUCUGGAUUUGCAGCCAGCAUUUAGGGUUCCACGACUGCUUCAAUAUUGACAUAAAGACACCAAGAAUCAUCAAAGGUCCUAAGCAAGCCCAGUUUGGAUACACUGUUCAGCAACAUGUUGCUGCAGGAGCAGAUAAAUGGUUAUUAGUGGGAGCGCCAUAUGAAAACACUGGGAAUUUCCAAACAGGGGAUGUAUAUAAAUGUGCAGUUAACAAACGAACUAAUGGCAACAGUUGCUCAAAGCUCAAUUUAGGAAAGAUAUCUCUGACCAACGUAUCAGAACGAAAGAACAAGAUGAGGCUGGGUAUGACGCUCGUGUCUAACCCCAAAGACAGCAGCUUUGUGGCUUGUGGACCAUUAUGGUCAUAUGAAUGUGGCAGUUCUUACUACAGUACUGGAAUAUGCUCCAAAGUUAAUGCAAGCUUCAAGUUUUCCAGAACGAUUAUCCCUGCCUUUCAGAGAUGUGAAACCUUUAUGGACAUAGUCAUUGUUCUCGAUGGCUCCAACUCCAUCUAUCCCUGGUCUGAAGUGCAGAAUUUUCUCAUAAACAUUCUGCAGAAGUUCCAUGUUGGACCAGGUCAAAUACAGGUUGGGGUUGUCCAGUAUGGUGAGAAAGUGGUGCAUGAAUUCAAACUCAGUGACUACAAAUCAGUAGAGGAGGUGGUAAAAAGGGCUCGCAGCAUUGAUCAGCGGGGUGGAGAGGAGACCAACACGGCUCUUGGCAUCAGUACAGCUCGCUCACAAGCUUUCAAGCAAGGAGGUCGACGGGGGGCCAAGAAGGUAAUGAUAGUUAUAACUGACGGAGAGUCACAUGACAACGCAGAUCUCCAACAGGCCAUUGAGGACAGCGAGAAGGAUGGCAUUACUCGUUAUGCCAUUGCUGUGCUCGGCUACUACAACCGCAGAGGAAUUAAUCCUGAGGCCUUCCUAAAUGAAAUCAAAUACAUCGCCAGUGACCCCGAUGACAAACACUUCUUUAAUGUGACAGAUGAGUCAGCUCUGAAUGAUAUUGUCGAUGCUCUUGGGGAGCGAAUAUUUAGCCUUGAAGGAACCAGUAAGAACGGAACGGCGUUUGGCCUCCAGAUGUCUCAGGCAGGUUUUUCUGCACACAACGUGGAGGAUGGAAUUCUGGUGGGUGCAGUUGGUGCUUAUGACUGGAAUGGAGCGGUGCUGAAGGAAACACGACAGGGGAAGGUGAUCCCCCCAAAGUCAUCCUACAUGCAGGAGUUUCCUGAAGAGCUCAAAAACCAUGGUGCAUACUUAGGAUAUACUGUAACAUCUGUGGUGUCAUCCAGAAAUGGUCGCCUGCUAGUAGCAGGAGCUCCACGAUUUAACCACACUGGCAAAGUCAUUAUCUUCACUUUGAAGAAUACGGGGAACCUCACCAUCCUGCACUCACUCAAGGGCCAUCAGAUCGGCUCCUACUAUGGUAGUGAGAUUGCACCUCUGGAUAUCGAUGGAGAUGGCAUAACUGACAACCUUUUGGUGGCAGCACCAAUGUUUUUCAGUGCAGGCUUGGAGAAAGGGAAGGUCUACAUCUACAGAGUAACUGAACUGAAUCGUUUCAUCCCAGAAGGAGCAUUGGAAAUCCACAACGGUGGCCAGAACGCUCGCUUUGGGUCCUCCCUCGCUCCUGUCCCUGACCUCAAUGGUGAUGGCUUUAACGACUUGGUGGUGGGAGCUCCGCUGGAAGAUGACCACAAAGGGGCUAUUUAUGUUUUUUUUAGCCAGCACAACAGAAUACUACGGAAAUAUAAACAGAGAAUAGCAGCCGUAGAUUUGGCUGCAGGCCUGCAGUAUUUUGGCCGCAGUAUUCAUGGCACCAUGGAUAUGAAUGAUGAUGGUUUAGUGGACCUGGCAGUGGGUUCCCUCGGUGCUGCUGUUCUCCUCUGGUCAAAGAGCGUCGUAAGGAUAUAUACUAAUGUCAGGUUUGAACCCAGUAAGGUUAACAUCUUUAUGAAAGACUGUCAGCGUGGAGGCAAAGAUGUGACUUGCAUGUCAGCUAUUGUGUGCUUCAACAUCACUGCCAGGACGGCCGUUCCUCCCACACAGGAAAUUGGGAUCAGGUAUAAUGUCUCCAUUUUGGAGAGACGUUUCAAUCCUCGGGCCAUAUUGGAUCAACCAAACAAGAUGCAACCUCAAAACCUGACGCUCUCUCCUGGUGAAGAGGCCUGUGAAUACAUCUACUUCCAUGUCAUGGAGACCACCGACUAUGCAAGACCUAUAGUGUUUGCUGUGCAAGUGGGAUUACAAGAUCUGGACCAGGGACCUGUUCUUGAUGACAGGUGGCCUGUUGUUGUAAAGACCGAGCUGCCCUUCUGGAAUGGCUGUGAUGAGGAUGACCGCUGCAUGCCUGACCUUUCAUUGCAGAGCAAAAACGACCUGAUGACUCGAAAACAGUUCUGUGCUCGUCCCAUGCAAUCUCGUGGCCUUUUCUGCCGCCAUCAGGGGGGAGCAGAGGCAGAGGGAUUGCUGCGGGUGAUUGAGGGGAACAAGAAAAGGAUGGUGUUAGACGUGAAACUGGAGAACAGAGGAGAAAAUGCCUAUAAUGCUGUCAUCAAUAUCACAUAUUCACCCAAUCUGCGCUUCUCAAGCCUUAUAGUCAAGGACACAUCUGAAAUAAAGAUUGAGUGUAAUGCAGUGGACAGGAAAAGAAAUGAGAAGAUCUGCAAUGUCAGUGCACCAUUCAUGCGAGCAAAAUCACAGGUCUUGUUUCGCCUGGAGUUUGAGUUCAGUCGCACCAUCUUCCUGGAAUACCUCAGAGUUCUCCUGGAGGCAAGCAGUGAUGGUGAAGAAGUGACCAUAUCUGAUAAUUUUGAUGACAUCUAUUACUCACUGAAAUAUGAGGGAGACCUUCUCUUUACCAGGGACUCAGAUCCAACACGGUAUGAGAUCAAAUCAGAGCUCUCACUGGAGGAGCCUGGAGUUAUUGGCCCUCCAUUUAACUUCACAUUCCAGCUCCAGAACCUUGGAUAUUUCCCAGUUAGAGAUCUGCAGCUGAACAUCGAGAUCCCAGAAAUGACAAAAAACGGGAACCAGCUCCUGCAGAUAUUUAACCUCCAUGUUGAUCAGAGAGAUGGAACACGCUGUUUACCACCCCAGCAUAUCGCAGAGAGCAGAGCUUCACCUGAGGAUCUCUCCCGCUUCUCCCGCUUGAACCGAUCCAACACACUCACCUUGCCAAUCCAGUGCACAGUUAAUGUCCCCUCCCACAGAGAUGUCUGGGUUCGAAUCACAGGAGCCCUGAGAAUAGACACAUUACAUGCACUGAAGUUUAAAGUCCUGGAACUGAUAACAAGCGCUUCAGUGGAGCUCCCCUCUGCCAGCCCCAUGUUUUUACAUGAAGAAAAGCCUGUCAGACAUAUAAUCCUGGAGAUCAGGAAGGAGGGAGAUUACAGAAUCCCUACCUGGAUAAUUGUUGGCAGCACGCUGGGAGGGCUCUUAUUGUUGGCUCUUCUCAGUCUGGCUCUGUGGAAGCUUGGGUUCUUCCACAGACAGAAGCGAAAAGACAAGGAGGAACAGGAGGCCAACGGGAAAGUAGCAGAGGAACGGUAACCCUGGCUGUGUCGUGCAGACACCUUUUCCACAGGGGACGAGACUCUCAGGGACCACCCCACCUCCACUGCUCGCACAGUGGCUGUUACACAGACAGAGCAGCAUCUCUGCUUAUGCAAGGCUUAUUCAGUGCACUGGACCUGUCCCAUGUCACCAGCCUCUGACCCUCGUGUCAGCACUGUCGCACUCACUCAGCAUUCUUGCACUGGUACAAUAUUGGUCCCACUUUUUAUCUCUGUAUUCCACUGCCUGUGGUGUCGUCCCUCCACGGAUCUUGGAGCUGUGGUGAUUUUUAUUCUUCCUGGCCAUAUGUUAAAAUGAAGGGAACCAUCUUUAUGAAUUUGGCUCAACAUAUUUGUUGAUAUUUCCUUUUUGUUUAUAUUUAUUUAAUAUUAAUUAAUCUUUUAGAAGAGUUUGAACCAAAUAAAACACCUCAUGGAUGACUUUCUGCACAACUGAUGAUGCAGAUUUAAAGGGUAUUAUAAUAAUACCUUUAAAGUUGCAUCAUCAGUAUUAAUCUGCCUUGUGCUUAGGUGUCAAAGCUUAUGAAAAAAGGAAAAUAAGAUGCAUGACUUUGAGCUUUCAGAUACUUUUCUCUACUUAUAAAAAGGAUGCUCCUGAAUGUCUUCUUUUAACAGACAAAAGAUAUUUUUUUAACAUUUUUGAUGCACUUUUUUUUACAUCUUAAAAAGUUAACUUGAACUUGUAAAUAACCAAGUGCCUUUAAAAUACCCCUGCAGUACCUUUUUUUUUUUUUUUUUACAUAUUUUAUAUUAAUAUAGCAUUCCUGUUUUAAGUUAAGCAAAAAAAAAAACUCGACUUUAUGCUACAAAAUAAUAACUUAGACGGUUUCAUGCUUUUUAUUGUGCACUGCAUCAGAGCAAAGUAUGCAUGAAAUACUAAAUAACAAGCAAGUGGUUUAAUUAAGAUUAGAGAAAACACAUGUGGGUCGGUGUUUUAUAUUGACACGUUGUGAAUAGAUGUAAUAUGGUCAAAAAUAAAACAUUUAUAAUGUU